AUGCUGCGGCUGCUGGUGGCCAGUGCCCACAUCCCUGGGGCCACCGGCUCCGGGCCUGGCGUGCACGUGUCUGCCCGCUUCAGAGGUACUGCUGGGGACCUGGGUGCCACCACGGUGUCACUGGACCAGUUGGUGGCCGACCCCGGGCUGCCGCUGGCCCUCAGCCACAUCCCGCUGCUGGACCCCCAGGGACAGCCCACGGGGGUACGGGUGAGGGUCAUCGAGGGCCACCAGCUCCAGGGCAAUGACAUCAAGCCGGUGGUGACGGUCCUCAUCGGCCAGCACCGCUUCAGGACCAGGAUCCGGGUGGGGAACAACCCCUACUACAACGAGGUGUUUUGCCAAAAUUUCCACCGGACGCCCGCCCAGCUGGCGGCGGAGCCCAUCCGCAUCCAGGUGCUGGACUCGCGGGCCACUCGUGCCGAAGCCGUCAUCGGCGUCUUCCAGCUCUGCACCCGGGUGAUGCCCCCCGACGCCAACCCGGCAUGGAACGAGGUCUUCUUCUUCCCCCUGCGGCUGCCCCCCAUCUGUGAUGAGAUCCAGCUUGCCAUCCUCAGCGGGUCCCGCAGCAGCAAGGUCCUGGGCACCGCCACCCUUCACCUCUCCCAAAUCUCCUCUGCCGGUGCCGAGCUUGAAGGGACCCCCGGCUUCUUACCCUGCUUCGGACCCAGCUUUCUCCCCUUCUACGGUCCCCGGACGGAUCCUGCCAGGACACCCAGCACCGACACCGGGGUGGCUUACCGGGGCCGGGUGCUGCUGGAGCUCAGCACCCAUAUGGGGACCCCGGAUGGGCGCCAGCGAGACACCAUCGCCCCCGAGGACAUCGCACGGGUGCAGCGCCACUUACCCCGCCGCCGGUUUGGGCUGUGCGGGAUCUUUUAUUCGGCUACCAUGGUGCCGGCCGGUCCCGAGCUCCUACGCUUCGAGCUCAGUCUCGGCAAUUACGGGGACACGGGCGACGUCACCUGCAAGCCGGCCGCCUCCGUCACCCCGCACGGUUGUCCCCUCUUCGACGGCAACCGCUAUCACUACCUGCCGUGGUACGGUGACAAGCCGGUGGCGGCCGUCACCUCGUCCUGGGAGGACGCCGGUCACCGUUGGGAUGCCCUAAACCUCCUGCGUGCCGUGUGCCGGCGGCGGGCACUGCCCCGGCUGGAGGCGCAGCCCACCCCCACGCCGCUGGACGCCCACCUCCGGGCCGCCCGUCUUCACCUCCUCCGGCGCGUGGCGGCGGCUGCGGCGGUGCCACCGAGAGCCGGCUGGGACACGUUGCUGCCGGUGGCCGAGGGCUGGCUGGGACGUGUGGCCGCCCUGGCUGUUGAGCCACAGGCCGGCGUGCCCGACGUGCUGCUGUGGCUGCUGCGGGGGGAGCGGCGGGUGGCCUGCGCCCGCGUCCCCGCGCCCGACCUCAUGUUCUCCCGGAGCGGUCCCGGCGCCUGUGGCAGGCUCUGCGGCCGGAUCCAGACCCUCUUCCUGGUGGGCUCUGGGGACACCCGUGCCCACCUCCGGCUCCGGCUGUGGCUGGGACGGGUGGCCGACAGUGGGGACCUGCCACGGCACCUCGAGGGCACCCUGCGCGUCUACGCCGAGACGUAUGAAAACCAGACCAAGCUGUUGGGCAAGUGGGGUCCCCGGGGACUCUUGGGGCGCCCCGGUUUCUCCGACAGCGCCGGCAAAGCGGGGCUCCCCCGCCACAGGAUGCGGCCCCCCAAGGGCUGGCGCUGGGAUGGACCCUGGACCGUGGAGCCCCAGCGGCGGCUGCUGCUGGACGCGGAGACCAACGUGGGCGAGGUGCUGGAGGAGGUCUACGAGAACGAGAGCCGGCGGCUCGGCGGGGAGUGGGGACCCGCCGCCGUGGCCAGCACCGAUGCCAGCGGCACGGCGGUGCCACCCAAGGAGGAGGUGGUGUGUCCCCAAGGUUGGCACGUCACCGACGGCUGGCGGGUGGACGUGACGGGGGCCGUGGAUGAGGCCGGUGAGUGGAUGUCCCCACCGGGCACCUUGGGGUGGGUGACGGCGGUGGCAAGGAUACCGGGUGCCGCAGGUUGGGAAUACGGGGCGAGCGCGGGCCCCGGCAGCCCCCCGCCAGCAUGGCACGCCGCCGAGAAGACGUACCACACGCACCGGCGCCGGCGCUGGCUACGCACCCGCCGCAGGGACCCCGGCGCCCAGGGACGGGAGCAGGAUGUGGCCGCCUUCCUCCAGCUGGUCGGGGCGCACGGCCCCGAGGCGGCGGCGGGGGCCGAGGCCUGGGAGUACGGAUCCCUCUGGGGCUGCCGCUUCCACCUCCAGCCCCGGGCGGGCGACGUGUGCCGGCGGCGCUGCUGGCACCGGCGCAUGGUGCCCGCGCAGCCCCCGCCCGUGGCACCCCUCUUCCUCCUGGAGGGCUCCCCGCUCCGCUGCUACAUCUUCCAGGCGCUGGAGCUGGCACCCCACGGCACCAAAGCCACCGCAGACCCCGUCGCCCACGUCUCCUUCGUGCACGUCAGCCAGAGCACCCGGGUGCUGCCCGGCACCCUGGACCCCCUCUGGGAUCAGACGCUGCUUUUUCACCGGGUGCUGCUGUACGGGGACCCCCGGGGUGUCCGGGAUGAGCCCCCCGCCGUGGUGGUGGAGAUCUUCGACCAGGCUGGAGGGGAUGGGUCCCUGGCACAGGUCAGCACCCCGCCGUGGAGGCAGGGGGUCUUCAGCGUCCCCCUGGGCAUCCGGCCCCUCCUGCGGCUGGUGGCACUGGAGGUGCUGGCGUGGGGGCUGCGGGGGCUGCGCGGUGGCGUGCGGGCCCCCAGCCUGGAGGUGCAGUGUGGGGGCCGGACCCUGCAGACCCCCACCAUCGCUGACCUCGCCGCCAACCCCAAUUUCCCCAUCAACGCCUUCCUGCUGACACUGCACCUGCCGGCGGAGGAGGAGUACGUGCCCCCCAUCCGGCUGCGGGUGCUGGACAGGCGGGAUUUCGGGUACCGGCCCGAGGUGGGGCAGGCCUGCGUGCGGAGCCUGGGGCAGUACUGCUGCCAGCCCCACGGCGAGGGGCAGCCCCCCAGCCCCGGAACCCCCCCAUCUGGCUCCGCCGCUCCCUGGGGCAGGAUAGCUCAGAUACUGCCCAGGAUCACCACCGAGAAGGGGGCUGCCAACAAGGCUGCGAAGGAGGAGGAGGAGGAGGAGGAAGAUGAGGAUGAGGACAACUGGUGGAGCAAAUUCUACGCAGCCAUGGGGGACAAGGCAAAGAGUCGGCGGGGGACAAACAGGGACAGACUGAAGAUCUACAGCUGCGAGCUGGAGGCAAUGCCCGAAUUCGAGGGGCUGCAGGAUUUCUGCCAGACCUUCCCACUCUACCAGCCGGGGGGUCACCCCGCGGCGGGGGAGGACCCCCUGCCUGUGGGCGAGUUCAAGGGGCUUUUCCGUAUCUACCCCCUGCCCGAGGACCCCGGGGUGCCCCCGCCACCGCGCCACUUCCAGGAGCUGCCCCCCAGCCAACCCCAAAAGUGCCUGGUGCGGGUCUACAUCAUCCGGGCCUUCGACCUGCCCCCCCGUGACAGGAACGGGCUGUGUGACCCCUAUAUCCGUGUCUCGCUGGGGACGAAGACGCUGGGCCAGCGGGACCAGUACGUGCCCAACACCCUGGAGCCCGUUUUUGGCAGGCUGUUUGAGGUGACGGGCACCAUCCCGCUGGAGAAGGACCUGCGGGUCUCGCUGCUGGACUAUGACCUGCUGCCACCCGACCAGGAGAUCGGCACCACCACCAUCGACCUGGAGAACCGCCUGCUCUCCCGCUUCCGCGCCCACUGCGGCCUGCCCACCCUCUACCGCACCGCCGGCCCCGGGCGCUGGAGAGACCAGCUCCCCCCCAGCCGGGCACUGGAGCACUUCACCCGCGCCCGGGGGCUACCAGCACCCGAGUUCAGCGCCGAGGGCACCGCCGUCACCUUCGGGGACCAAACCUUCCUCCUCAGCCACUUCGGUGGAGAGCGGCCCCCUGCACACCGGCACCCCGGGGUGCCCCGCGAGCGCCUGGCCCUGCAUGUGCUCCGUGGCUGUCACCUUGUCCCCGAGCACCUCGAGACCCGCACCCUCUACAACAGCACCCAGCCCGGGCUGGAGCAGGGCAAGCUGCAGAUGUGGGUGGACAUCUUCCCCGCCAGCCUCGGGCCCCCCGGACCCCCCGUCGAUGUCACCCCCCGCAAGCCCCAGAGGUACGAGCUGCGCUGCGUGGUCUGGAACACGCGGGACGUGGACCUGGGGGACACCAACCUGGCGGGGCAACGGAUGAGUGACAUCUACGUCACCGGGUGGCUGGACGGGCUGGAGGAGCAGCGGCAGAGGACGGACGUGCAUUACCGCUCGCUGCAGGGGGACGGGGGCUUCAACUGGCGUUUCGUCUUCUCCUUCGAGUAUCUGGCGGCCGAACAGCUCUGCGUCCUGCCCCGGAAGGAGCAUUUCUGGAGCCUGGAUGAGACGGUGCUGAAGGUGCCCCCCAAGCUCAUCCUCCAAGUGUGGGACAACGACAAGUUUUCGGCCGAUGAUUUUCUGGGCGUCCUGGAGCUGGAGCUCACCAGGCUGCCACUGCCGGCCCAGCGCUCCCAGGACUGCACCCCAACGCCGCAGGGGACCCCCCAAAGCCCCUGGCCCUGGCGGGGGGCACGGGCCCCCUCCCGGCUCUCCCUUUUCCGGCAGAGACGGGCGAGGGGGUGGUGGCCCUGCACGGUGCAGGAGGGGGGCAAGCGGCGCCUCUCGGGUAAGCUGGAGCUGAGCCUGGAGCUGCUGACAGCAAAGGAGGCGGAAGAGCGGCCGGCGGGGAAAGGCCAGGAUCCCAACAUGUACCCAACGCUCCCGGCACCCGUGCGGCCCGAGUGGUCCUUCCUGUGGCUGCAGGCACCGCUGCGCAGCCUGCGUUACGGCGUCUGGCGGCAACACCGCUGCCGGAUCAGCCUGGGGCUGGCGCUGCUGCUGCUCCUCGCCCUGCUCCUCGCCUUCAUCUACGCCGCCCCGGGUUAUUUGGCCAUGAAGCUGGUUAACCCUCUCCAGAGCUUGCACCUUACCGGCGGCGAGCGUUCCGCAGCCGGCGCGGGCAAGCCCUGA